AUGGGUGCUCCAAUGGCCGGACUUCCCCUUCCCUUUUUGGAGAAUGCAGAUCGAUUGAAAGCGACCACAGCCGAAGAGGCCUCGCCUCUGGUCCUGGUAUUGGGUGGUUCAACCUUUAUGGGUAGAGCGACACUGGAUGCACUCCUCCAAGUGCGGGCGAGAAUUUGUGUGGUCAACCGUGGUCGCUUCUACUGGGGUACCAAAGACCCGUCUAACGGGCGUGUGGCAAGAGUUACUGCAGACAGGCGGGACAAACAAAGUUUUGCGGAACGAAUUGAUGCCGUGACUAGCCGGGCUGUGCAAAACGAACCAUCCAGGGCAUGGUCGUUAGUGGCAGAUUUUUCAGCCUAUGAUGGUAACGAUAUAAAUGCAGCUUUGGAAGGUUUACGUGGCCGUUUCCACCUCUAUGCUUACAUCUCUUCUGACUCUGUCUAUGAGGUAAGCAAGUUGGCAGGCGAAGGGUGGCAAUCAGGCGUUACUCAUGUCUCAGAAGGAUCUUCAGCCAGACCAACUGAAGCAGAGAUGAGAAAAAAGUUGCGCAAGGCGGAUGGAUAUGGUGAUGGCAAGCUGGAGGCGGAAGAGGCCCUCUGUGCUGGGAUUUCAUGCCUCUCCGCCGAGCAUCCGAUCAGGGCAAUCGCUCUGAGAUUGCCAGAUGUGUUGGGUCCAUAUGAUGAUACUUUCCGUUUGUGGGCCUAUUGGCAUUGGUGGCAUUCAGGGCCAGAGAACAGACCACAGGUGAAAAAGCAGACUCUCAAGCGUUCAAGCCCCGACUCCCAUCCAGGUGCUGAUCCUGCUGACCCACCACUGGCUUUUGUUUUCAGCCAUGACGUUGCUCGAUUUUUGGUGCAUUUGAUCACCCAAGUGCCCGAUCUACCAGCUGCGAAUCAGAGUCAUUUUGAUGCAGUAAAUUUGGGAUGUGACCUCCAGAUUCCCAUGAGGAACUUCUUGGAGCUGCUGGCUCAAGCAUCUGGCCUACAUGGCGUCAGCCCGGCUUGCGUGGAACGUCCCAAAGGGUUCUUGCCAAGUGUUGAUCGGCCCCUGCCGUUGGAUUUCAAGAAGCUCAAGGAAACUUAUUUGUUUAGCGCGACGCCCUUGGAGGAGGUGCUCAAAGUUUGUGCUGACUGGUUUUCAGACGCAUGCAAGCAUUUUCCAGAGGAGGCAGCUGAGGCUGCGAUGAAGCUGCCUCCCAGUGCCCGGGCACCUGCUCUAGCUUACGCUGGAUUGGAGAUGCCACAAAGCCCUUCUAGUGACUCCAGCUCUUCGUGAGCGACCGGUCUUGACACGAAAUUCUUUUCGAAACUGGAAUCGGCUGAGCCUGUUGAGAGUCAGACGGGCGAAUGCGGUGGG